GGAUCGUCUCCUCUCUAAAAGUGUCAUUAGCAAGAUUCCUUUGAAUGAUUCUCUAUUUAAGGUUGGCAGAAGUAGUCUUUAUUUUUUAUUUUUCAAAUUUUUUUCUUUUUUUUUCUGUCUUAUCUACGUACUCCAUCUACUAGUAUCGACUCCACUACGAAUAUGUCCAGCUCCGAGCCACCAAUGACCUCCACCGGCUCAAAUAGGAGAGCUAUCUUGAGUUCAACCGCAAAGGAAACCAAGGAACUCCUCCCUCAGAUCUUGGCUGUGCUUCCCCAUGCUCCUCCUACUGGGAUUCGUUGCUCACGUGAUACGCUGCCGGUGUUGGACUCGAAGUAUAGUCCAAAUCUCAACACCCAAGUGGAAGUUGUGAAUGGCGACGCUUUCAAUAUAGCUAUCAGCCUCACCAGACCCACGGACACCAGAAGCGCCUGCGUACUGAAUCUGGCUAGCGAUAAGAGUGCAGGUGGUGGUUGGCUUCGGGGAGCCUUGGCCCAGGAGGAAGAGCUUUGCUAUCGCAGUAGUCUUAGUUUUACGCUUAAGCUACGAUACUACCCUUUACGGAAUCACGAUGCUAUUUACUCUCCAACGGUUGUUGUGUUUCGUGAAAAUUUCACAGAUGGACACAGAUUAAUGGACCUACAAAAGCCCGAGUCUCUGCCCAUUGUCAGUGUGGUCAGUAUGGCCGCAUUGAGGAGGCCGGAUGUAGACCGGAACACACAGCCCCCACGGUACAAGCACAUCGCGGAUCGAGCAUUGAUGAAGGACAAAAUGCGUGUGAUUCUCCGUGCUGCAGCGUACAACAAGCAUCGGAAACUUGUCCUUGGUGCCUUUGGCUGUGGUGCUUUCGAUAACCCAAAGGAAGAGGUCGCGAACUGUUGGGCAGAGGUGUUGCAGGAACCGGAGUUUCAAGGGUGGUGGGAGAAUAUAGUGUUUGCGGUUCUGGAAAACACAGGCAACCUCGCCAAAAGCAAGGGGAAUUUCAACGUUUUCCACAGCAGGUUGCACGGGUUGAGAGUGUAGCCAAAGUAAUGACAGAAAAUGCAGUGCUCCACUAAGGAAUGCCUCAUGAAGUGGUAGGUUAAUGCUUCGUGAGGACUUUUGGUGUAAGAUACAUGGUUCAAUUAUCAAAGACCCGAGUGAUUGUAAGGGAAACGCAGCAUCCCAGAGCUCAUUUCUUGAGCCGAGCGGAACGCCUCCUCCCCGUACAUGAUGUACCGUCUACUUCGGGUUUUUUCUCGUCUUCAGCUUUCUUCUCAUCUUCAUCUUUCUUGGCCGGCUUGGCUCCCUUUUUUUCUCCUGCUUUCUUCGCCUUUGGCUCUUCCUCGCUUGCCUCCG